UUUGGUGAUGUGUUCCUGUCCGCGUUUACUAUAUAUUACACUAAUAGUUAUUACCAUAAAAUAAUAAUAAAUUCACUCAUUCCUGUAAAGUGAACUGUGAAACGAAUCACGUCGGCRGUGAUCGUUCGAAACGGAUUUUAUCCAUCGAUACCAUUCUGAACCAGUGGCAACUGCUACUUACUACUUAGUACUUACAUAUUGCUUUAGAUUUAGACGUCCGUUACGCGUAUACGCUUAUACAUGACAUUGGCGAUACUCUGCCGUUGCGUUCAACCGUCACCUCCGGACACUGGCCAGGACGAUAAAUAGCUGUUAUGAUAGUGUUGUUCGUGCGCAGGUAGACCAGGAAACUUUUUGCUCUCUUUCUCUCUUCAACAACUCGUACCGCCAUCAUGUUUCGCAGUAAGUUCCGUCUGCAUACUUGCAAGAUAAUCAUUGCCACGUCGCUGUUAUGGAUCUUCAUUGACAUCAUGAUACUCAUGUAUUACACCGAUUGCGUUGGUCCCAACUGCAAGGCGAAGAACAGCUUUGUUGCAAAUUCCGAUAGCGGUGUCAAUGAUCAGUUUGACGCCGCCUCCGCAGCACCGCGUAUGGGAUGGGGAUCUGUGCAGGAAAAUAUGCUUAACCGUUUCAAGCAUGGUGAUGACCGCAGCGAUGAUUCCACUUAUCCUAGUCACUUGUUGAUGCGCUGGAAGCCAAUGCCUCCUGUACGUGAAAAGCGUGGUAAACACGGCGAAGGAGGACGUGGUGUCACUAUGAAACCUGAACAAGAAGCCAUUAUGAAACAAAAAUUCAAAGAGAACCAGUUUAACAUAAUAGCCAGCGAUAUGAUCUCACUGAAUCGAUCUUUACAGGACAUAAGACAAGGAGAAUGUAAAAGCAAACAAUAUCCUACGUUGAUGCCUACCACUUCAAUAGUAAUUGUCUUCCAUAAUGAAGCGUGGUCCACUCUUUUGAGAACUGUGUGGAGUGUCAUCAACCGAUCACCUCGAUCCCUAUUGAAAGAGAUUUUGUUGGUCGAUGAUGCUAGUGAAAGAGAUUUUUUGGGGAAAAAAUUGGAAGAUUAUGUUGCCACUCUUCCUGUAGAAACUAAAGUGCUAAGAACAGAAAAACGUUCUGGUCUUAUAAGAGCUCGAUUACUUGGGGCUAAACAUGUUACAGGCCAAGUGAUAACAUUUUUGGAUGCGCAUUGUGAAUGUGCUGAUGGUUGGCUUGAACCACUUUUAGCUAGAAUUGUACUUAAUCGGAAAACUGUUGUGUGUCCAGUUAUUGAUGUUAUAUCAGAUGACACAUUUGAAUACGUCACCGCCUCUGAUAUGACAUGGGGCGGAUUCAAUUGGAAGCUGAAUUUUAGGUGGUACAGAGUUCCUCAAAGAGAAAUGACUCGACGAAACCAAGAUCGUACAGCGCCAUUAAGAACUCCCACAAUGGCUGGUGGACUAUUUUCUAUAGACAAAGAUUAUUUUUAUGAAUUAGGUUCAUAUGAUGAAGGAAUGGAUAUAUGGGGUGGUGAGAAUCUUGAAAUGUCAUUCAGAAUUUGGAUGUGUGGCGGCACAUUGGAAAUAUCGCCAUGUUCACAUGUUGGUCAUGUUUUUCGCAAAUCCACACCUUACACUUUUCCUGGUGGCACAUCACAUAUAGUCAACCACAACAAUGCCCGCCUUGCCGAGGUCUGGAUGGAUGAGUGGAAACAUUUUUACUACGCCAUAAACCCAGGUGCAUCUAAUGUUGAAGUUGGAGAUGUUUCUGAACGUUUAGCUUUGAGAGAAAAGUUAAAAUGCAAGUCUUUCCGUUGGUACUUGGAAAACAUUUACCCUGAGUCUCAAAUGCCACUUGAUUAYUAUUAUCUUGGAGAAAUAAAAAACGUAGACUCUCAACAUUGCCUUGACACCAUGUCACGAAAAAGUGGUGAAAAAGUUGGCAUGAGUUAUUGUCAUGGUCUUGGUGGCAAUCAAGUUUUUGCAUAUACUAAACGGUCACAAAUUAUGUCCGAUGAUAAUUGUUUAGAUGCUUCCAAUAUUGUUGGACCAGUUAGUUUAAUUAGAUGCCAUGGUCUGGAGGGUAAUCAAGCAUGGGUUUAUGAUUCAAAGGAAAUGACAAUAAAACAUAAAACUACAGAUCAAUGUCUAGAACAUUCAAUGUCUGCUGAUCAGUAUGCUGCCAUAUUAAAUGAAUGUGAUGGUUCACGUAGCCAACAAUGGACAAUGAAGAGUAACUUUCACUGGCAAGCUAGCUCAAGAUAACGUAAUCUAAUUUUUACUUUUUAUUUUAAUCAAGUGUUAUUCGUUUAUGCAUACAUAUAUACAUUUUGGGGAUCAAAAUAUUUACUUUUAAGUUCUUAUGAACAAAAAAAUCUUCUUAUAUAAUAAAAUAAAAAUCUUUUAUACUUUUGAACAAAUUAGAUAUAACUUAUGAAGUCCAUGACAGUUUAAAAACACUUAUAAUAGAAUUAUAAAAAUCUACUUGGUGACUAUUUAUCCCUGCCCACAAUAUUAUUAUCUUAAUGAAACCACUUAUAUUUUUAACAAGAUAAAAAGAUUCAGUGAAAACACUUGUGAUAUUUAUAUAUUAUGUUAUUAGUUAUAAUUAUUAUUAUAUU